CUUGGGCCAGCGGCGCUGAAUCCCGGGAAGCUGUAAAAAGAGGGGGACUUGGAGGGGGGGAAGGGAAGACGGGGACCGGGAUCGGGAGUGCCCGGGGUGGGGAAGGGUCGCCCCGCCGCGGCCGGUUCGUUUUCUGCCUCCCCAGAGUCUCUCCUUGGGGCCAUCAGGUGUUUCCCCUCGCUACGGCCUCAGCGCAGCCGCUUCACGUUCCCCGGAUGCCCCCAGGGCUGGGCUCCUACUUCCCCACCCCGCUCGGCCAGCAGUCUUGUCGCCUCCUCUCCAGACUCGCCAGCAGGCCGCCCCGUGGGAAUGGGCCCCAGCCUGCCCUGCUCGUGAAUUGUCUGCGGAGUUGUUGGCGUGGGGUCUCCUCUAUUAGUCCGAGCCCUCGAGAGCUGGGGCUGUCGGUUGCCUUUCUUUGGAGCGCCAGCUCCCGACGCUGCUCCUGGCACAUAGUAGACCCUUAGAGCUGCUCCCGGGGCUACCAUGAUUGAAUUGGUAGCAGAGCUGAGCCGGGGCCCUGUGUUUCUGGCUGGGGAGGCGCUGGAGUGUGUGGUGACUGUCACAAACCCCCUAUCUCCCACGGCCACCUCUGCAUCCAGUGAAGCAUUGGCCUGGGCCAGUGCCCAAAUACAUUGCCAAUUCCAUGCCAGUGAGAGCCGUGUGGCACUGCCCCCUCCAGACUCCAGCCAACCAGAUGUCCAGCCUGAGAGCCAGACUGUGUUCUUGCCACAUCGAGGUGAGCGAGGUCAAUGUAUACUAUCCACUCCUCCAAAGAUUCUGUUUUGUGACUUGAGGCUAGACCCUGGAGAGUCCAAAUCCUAUUCCUACAGUGAAGUGCUUCCUGCGGAAGGGCCACCAUCUUUUCGGGGCCAAUCUGUCAAGUAUGUCUACAAGCUGACCAUUGGCUGCCAGCGGGUCAACUGCCCCAUCACUUUGCUUAGGGUGCCACUGAGGGUACUUGUGUUGACUGGCUUCCAGGAUGCCCUGUUUCCCCAGGAUGAAGCUGUGGCUCCCUCCAGCCCAUUCCUAGAAGAAGAAGAAGCAGGUAGAAAGGACUCAAGACUAGCAGAAUUGGCAGGAGAGUUCCUCAUGGCUGCUACCUCCCGCCGCAGUUUGUAUCUAUACAAUAUCAGUGACGGUCGCGGGAAGGUUGGGACCUUUGGAAUCUUCAAGUCCGUGUACAGACUUGGGGAGGACGUAAUAGGGACCCUCAAUCUGGGGGAGGGGACUGUGGCCUGUUUGCAGUUCUCAGUAAGUCUGCAGACAGAAGAGACUGUCCAGCCUGAGUAUCAGCGGCGCCGGGGGGCAAGUGGGGUUCCAUCUGUGUCCCAUGUCACUCAUGCCCGACACCAGGAAUCCUGUCUUCACACAACCAGAACUAGCUUCUCUCUUCCCAUUCCAUUAAGCUCUACCCCAGGCUUCUGCACAGCCAUUGUGUCCUUGAAGUGGCGGCUACACUUUGAAUUUGUGACAUCUCGGGAACCUGGCUUAGCAUUGCUCCCUCCCAUGGAACAGCCUGAACCUGUGGUCUGGAUGGGACCUGAACAAGUGCCUGUGGACACCUUCAGCUGGGAUCUCCCCAUCAAGGUGCUGCCCACAAGCCCCACACUGGUCUCCUAUGCUGCUCCAGGUCCCAGUGCCAGCACUGUCACCAUCUGAUCUGGGCUCCGGUUACCCCCUGUGGCACUGCUGUGUUUGGACACAGCACGAAAAACAAGACUCCUGCGUGGCCCUUUCCUUCCCUUCUGGGGCUGUAUGAGUCUGAGAAGGGACUUCAUGGCAGGCAUUUGGUGGUCCAUUUAUUUAUUUAGAAUAAAUUCACAGCUGCUAGUGGU